CUCACAUUAACAACUGCAGAAGCAAACCUUAAAAGUUGUCAAUAAAUCUAGUGGCGGGAGGAAUGGCAGAACUAGGGGCUAUCCCAUACUCACGUCUUGUUGUACCCGCACUUCUUGUGGUUGGCUGGAUUGUGGGUUGUGUGUUAAUGGUUUACAUAGUCUUCUCUUGAUAAAAGAAAGAAGAUUUCACAAUGACCUUGAUUGGAAGAACCCAGAAGUUAAAUGGAAAUGUCUAGUCCUUAAAAUAGGCACUGUACAAGUUGUGUUUUAAUACCACAAUGUAGGCAUGAUAUACACUUUCUAUCUACAACAUAGAUAUGAGGUUGGUUCAGAUACUUCUGAAUUGAGUGGUAUUUGGAGUCCAGUGGUAGGUCAGGUAUUUGCCUACUCUCCAAACCAUCUUGAAAUUCAGCCUCCUUGGAAGUAAAAUGUCCAGAAUCCUUAUUUUUGGUGGUGACAAACAGUGCCAAAUGGAGUUGGUGACCUAGAUACAGAAAUAUACCUGGGAAAAGUAAACUAAGUGGGAUGCAAGACACCUCUAACCAGUACAUGGAUCAUCUUUAAUGUCUUGUGGUAGAAAGGAAAUACUAAAUUAAAAAAUAAAUUGUGGGAAAAAAACCCUAACUCUGGAAUAAUGUUUACUCUCUAAAUAAAUUUUCCAAAAAAAUGUCUCUUUUCUCAUUUAAAAUGCAAUCACACGAACAUACCUAUGUAUAAAUCCAUAGGGCCCUUUGGAGGAUGAAAGGGAGCUAGAAAAAUCUGCUAUAUUUAUGUGGCAAGAAUGCUAUAUGUAGUUUGUAGUAUAAGCAUGACUGAGGCUUUAUAA